AUGAACCACCAGCAGCAGCAGCAGCAGAAAGCGGGGGAGCAGCAGCUCAGCGAGCCCGAGGACAUGGAGAUGGAAGCUGGAGAUACAGAUGAUCCACCCAGAAUCACGCAAAAUCCUGUCAUCAAUGGGAAUGUAGCGAUGGCUGACGGACACAACACCACAGAGGAAGAUAUGGAAGAUGACACCAGUUGGCGCUCCGAAGCAACGUUUCAGUUCACCGUCGAACGUUUCAGCCGGCUGAGCGAGUCCGUCCUGAGCCCUCCCUGUUUUGUCCGGAAUCUGCCGUGGAAGAUCAUGGUGAUGCCCCGAUUCUACCCGGACCGGCCACAUCAAAAAAGCGUAGGGUUCUUUCUUCAGUGCAACGCCGAAUCGGAUUCCACGUCGUGGUCUUGCCAUGCGCAAGCUGUGCUGAAGAUAAUAAAUUACAAAGAUGACGAAAAAUCAUUCAGCCGCCGAAUCAGUCACUUGUUCUUUCAUAAGGAGAAUGAUUGGGGAUUUUCCAACUUCAUGGCCUGGAGUGAAGUUACUGAUCCCGAAAAGGGAUUUAUAGAAGAUGACAAGGUUACUUUUGAAGUCUAUGUGCAGGCAGAUGCUCCACAUGGAGUUGCGUGGGAUUCAAAGAAGCACACCGGAUAUGUCGGUUUAAAGAACCAGGGAGCGACAUGUUACAUGAACAGUUUGUUACAGACUUUAUUUUUCACAAAUCAACUACGGAAGGCUGUGUACAUGAUGCCGACAGAAGGCGACGACUCAUCUAAAAGCGUCCCUUUAGCACUGCAAAGAGUGUUCUAUGAACUCCAACACAGCGACAAACCAGUAGGAACCAAAAAACUAACAAAAUCUUUUGGGUGGGAAACAUUAGACAGCUUCAUGCAACAUGAUGUUCAAGAGCUAUGUCGAGUGUUGCUUGAUAAUGUGGAAAACAAAAUGAAAGGCACGUGUGUAGAAGGCACCAUACCUAAAUUAUUCAGAGGAAAGAUGGUGUCUUAUAUCCAGUGCAAAGAUGUAGACUAUCGGUCUGAUCGGAGGGAAGAUUAUUAUGAUAUCCAGCUUAGUAUAAAAGGAAAAAAAAAUAUAUUUGAGUCCUUCAUAGAUUACGUGGCAGUAGAGCAGCUAGAUGGUGAUAACAAAUAUGAUGCUGGAGAACAUGGCUUGCAGGAAGCAGAGAAAGGUGUGAAGUUCCUAACAUUACCACCGGUGCUUCAUCUACAACUCAUGAGAUUUAUGUAUGACCCUCAGACGGACCAAAACAUCAAGAUCAAUGAUAGGUUUGAGUUUCCAGAACAAUUGCCGCUCGAUGAAUUUCUGCAAAAAACAGACCCCAAAGAUCCCGCAAAUUACAUCCUUCAUGCAGUCUUGGUUCAUAGUGGAGACAACCAUGGUGGACAUUAUGUGGUUUACCUAAACCCUAAAGGGGAUGGCAAAUGGUGCAAAUUUGAUGAUGACGUGGUAUCAAGGUGUACAAAGGAAGAAGCAAUUGAGCAUAAUUAUGGAGGACAUGAUGAUGACUUAUCUGUCCGGCAUUGUACGAAUGCUUAUAUGUUGGUCUAUAUCAGGGAAUCAAAGCUGAGUGAAGUUUUGCAAGCGGUCACGGACCAUGAUAUUCCUCAGCAGCUGGUAGAACGACUACAAGAGGAGAAGAGAAUAGAAGCCCAAAAGAGGAAGGAGAGGCAGGAAGCUCAUCUGUAUAUGCAAGUGCAGAUAGUGACCGAGGACCAGUUUUGUGGCCAUCAAGGCAAUGAUAUGUAUGAUGAAGAAAAAGUGAAAUACACUGUGUUCAAAGUAUUAAAAAACUCCUCGCUUGCUGAAUUUGUUCAGAACCUCUCCCAAACUAUGGGAUUUCCACAAGAUCAGAUCCGAUUAUGGCCAAUGCAAGCAAGGAGUAAUGGAACCAAAAGACCAGCCAUGUUAGAUAAUGAAGCAGACGGUAAUAAAACGAUGAUCGAGCUCAGUGACAAUGAAAAUCCAUGGACAAUUUUCCUCGAAACAGUAGAUCCAGAGAUGGCUGCUAGUGGAGCGACAUUACCGAAGUUUGAUAAAGAUCAUGACGUGAUGUUGUUUCUGAAGAUGUAUGAUCCUAAAACACGGAGUUUGAAUUACUGUGGACAUAUCUAUACGCCAAUAUCCUGUAAAAUACGUGACUUGCUUCCAGUUAUGUGUGAAAGAGCAGGAUUUUCCCAAGAAACUAACCUUAUCCUCUAUGAGGAAGUUAAACCGAAUUUAACAGAGAGAAUUCAGGAUUAUGAUGUGUCUCUUGAUAAAGCACUCGAUGAAUUAAUGGAUGGUGACAUAAUCGUGUUUCAGAAGGAUGACCCAGAAAAUGAUAAUAGUGAGCUACCAACUGCAAAAGAGUACUUCAGAGACCUUUAUCACCGCGUGGAUGUCAUUUUCUGUGAUAAAACAAUCCCCAAUGAUCCUGGAUUUGUUGUGACCUUGUCAAAUAGAAUGAAUUAUUUUCAGGUUGCAAAGACAGUCGCCCAGAGACUAAAUACAGAUCCAAUGCUUCUUCAGUUCUUCAAGUCCCAAGGUUAUAAGGAUGGCCCAGGCAAUCCUCUUAGACAUAAUUACGAAGGUACCUUAAGAGAUCUCCUGCAGUUCUUCAAACCUAGGCAACCUAAGAAACUCUAUUAUCAGCAGCUUAAAAUGAAAAUUACAGACUUUGAGAACAGGAGGAGUUUUAAGUGUAUAUGGCUAAAUAGCCAAUUUAGGGAAGAGGAAAUAACACUAUAUCCAGACAAGCAUGGGUGUGUACGGGACCUAUUAGAAGAAUGUAAAAAGGCUGUAGAACUCUGUGAGAAAGGGUCAGGGAAACUUAGGCUGCUAGAAAUUGUAAGCUACAAAAUUAUCGGCGUCCAUCAGGAAGACGAGCUAUUAGAAUGUUUAUCACCAGCCACGAGUCGAACGUUUCGAAUAGAGGAGAUACCUCUGGACCAGGUAGAUAUAGAUAAAGAAAGUGAGAUGCUAAUCACAGUGGCACAUUUCCACAAAGAGGUUUUUGGGACAUUUGGAAUUCCGUUUUUGCUGAGGAUACACCAGGCUGAGCAUUUCAGAGAAGUGAUGAAGCGAAUUCAGACAAUGCUCGACAUCCAGGAAAAAGAAUUUGAGAAGUUUAAGUUUGCUAUCGUCAUGAUGGGUCGGCACCAGUACAUAAAUGAAGAUGAGUACGAAGUGAACUUAAAAGAUUUCGAGCCCCAACCCGGCAAUAUGUCUCAUCCCAGGCCUUGGCUAGGGCUUGACCAUUUCAACAAAGCCCCAAAGAGAAGUCGCUACACCUACCUUGAAAAAGCUAUUAAAAUCCAUAACUGACUUACUUACCCACUUUGUUCAAGGCAAGGGACAAAUAAGCGUGUGUGUGCACCUUUUUAACAACCGUAGAACUUUUGGUCCACGUGCACUCUAUCUGAAGUCUUCAGCAAGAGGAUUUGCUGCUGAUGUUAAUUUUAUUUUGUUGAGGCUGUUCAGUUUGGCUUCUCUGUAUCUAUUGACUGCCCUUUUUGAGCAAAAUGAAGGUGUUUUUAUAAAGCUUGGAUGCCAAUGAGAGUUAUUUUAUGGUAAACAUAACGCAAGGCAAUGGUCAGCAUAAUGGGGGGAAGAGUUCAGUAGAACAAUUGUGACAUUGGCAAGAGGUUUGUCUGUAGUACGUUUCUAGGUGGCAUAAACUAGCUAGCUGCUUGUCCCGGUGCCCUUCACCCAAACCGCAGCUAGCCGGUCUUAUGUUUAGACUCACACUCAAUUGAUUUCCUUCAGUUAUACUUUAAAUGACCUCUCGUGCAUUUGUAAAUGCAGAAAGAAAACUCACAACAUCAAUAAAUAGCAAUCUCUACUCCAUCGUGUACAUUGUUGGCACUUAUUUGGGAUCUUGGUCUCCUCCAGCUGCUUAGGAUCUUUUUAAUAAAUUAAAGUUUGUGAUUUAAUUCCGCCACUACUCCGCAGCCCAAUGUGCUGGGUAGGCGCUCUGAAGAAAGUCCUAGAAGAUAUGGUCGGGGCUUUUUUUUUUGCGUUUGGUUUGGGGGUUUUUUGGUUGUUGGUUUUUUUUUAAUAAAAAUAAAGAACAAUUUUCCGUACAAUUAUGGUUUACUAUGCUGCCUCUUGGCAUGUUAAAUGACACUCGAAAGUUGGCAAAAGCAGGUGAAAGGAUUAUGACGAUAAUUUCGCUGACGUGGGAUAAAAGGAAAGAAAAAAGGAAAUAGCCUUUUAGCACAGAGGGCAUGCUCACUAGUGUUUAGUAAGCUGUUGACUUUGUAAAAAAAAAAAUAAAAAUAAAAAAGGAAAAAAACGAAAUUGUAUAUUUAAUGAAUGAACAUGUACAAUUUAACACUUGGAGGUUAAUUUCGUUGGGUGAGUCUGCAAGUGAAUUUCACUGAUGUUGAUAUUCAUUGUGUGUAGUUUUAUUUCAGUCCCAGACUGUUUCCUUUUAUUUUGGAGCUAAUGCCAGCGGCGUGUCUAGUUUUGAGUGCGGUAAAAUAGAAUCAGCAAAACACAUCUUUAUUUUUCAUUCUUUUCCAGUAUUUUUUUUUUGUUUCUGUAGCAGCAGUGUACAACAACUCUUCCUGUAUAUUGCCUUUUUGCUGGAAAAAUGUUGUAUGUUGAAUAAAAUUUUCUAUAAAAAUUUUA